AUGGGAAGUCCAAGACCACCAGCUGCUCCCUCUGCUGCUCCUCUGCUGGUGUUUCCCUCUGCUCCCUCUGCUGCUCCCUCUGCUGCUCCCUCUGCUGCUCCCUCUGCUGCUCCCUCUGCUGCUCCCUCUGCUGCUCCUCUGCUGGUGUUUCCCUCUGCUCCCUCUGCUGCUCCCUCUGCUGCUCCCUCUGCUCCCUCUGCUGCUCCCUCUGCUGCUCCCUCUGCUGCUCCCUCUGCUGCUCCCUCUGCUGCUCCCUCUGCUGCUCCCUCUGCUGCUCCUCUGCUGGUGUUUCCCUCUGCUCCCUCUGCUGCUCCCUCUGCUGCUCCCUCCGCUGCUCCCUCUGCUGCUCCCUCCGCUGCUCCCUCCGCUGCUCCCUCCGCUGCUCCCUCCGCUGCUCCCUCUGCUGCUCCCUCUGCUGCUCCCUCUGCUGCUCCCUCUGCUGCUCCCUCUGCUGCUCCCUCUGCUGCUCCCUCCGCUGCUCCCUCUGCUGCUCCUUCCGCUGCUCCCUCCGCUGCUCCCUCCGCUGCUCCCUCCGCUGCUCCCUCUGCUGCUCCCUCUGCUGCUCCUUCUGCUGCUCCCUCUGCUGCUCCCUCUGCUGCUCCCUCUGCUGCUCCCUCUGCUGCUCCCUCUGCUGCUCCUUCUGCUGCUCCCUCUGCUGCUCCCUCCGCUGCUCCCUCUGCUGCUCCCUCUGCUGCUCCCUCUGCUGCUCCCUCCGCUGCUCCCUCCGCUGCUCCCUCCGCUGCUCCCUCUGCUGCUCCCUCUGCUGCUCCUUCUGCUGCUCCCUCUGCUGCUCCCUCUGCUGCUCCCUCUGCUGCUCCCUCUGCUGCUCCCUCUGCUGCUCCCUCUGCUGCUCCUUCUGCUGCUCCCUCUGCUGCUCCCUCUGCUGCUCCCUCUGCUGCUCCCUCUGCUGCUCCCUCUGCUGCUCCCUCUGCUGCUCCCUCUGCUGCUCCCUCUGCUGCUCCCUCUGCUGCUCCCUCUGCUGCUCCCUCUGUCCGACGUCCCUUGAGAAGCGUUCGCCAGGCAAAGCGUCCUUCACGCACGCACGGCACCGAGAUGGUCGGGAGGGAGAGGGCGGGAGGAGAGGGAAGGGGGGAGGGGGGGGCGGGGGAGAGGAGGGGCGAUGGGGGGCAGGGGGAGCGACGAGGCAGUGAAAAGGGAAGCAUGCGCAACGAACAGGCGGGUAACAACAGAGGGGAGAAGGCUGGCGGAGUGAUACUCAUCUGUUGGACGCUGUGUGCUGGUGGCUGGGAGGGACGCCCAUGA